GUUGUCUCAUGACAUCUACGUCCAUCUCUGCCGAAGGCUGGCACACGCGCGCUGUGCCACACCCCGAUCACGAUGCCCUUACAUUCCAACCCACCAUAGAUAACCUCUUGUUCACCCACCGGUUCAGCGCCAUGUGUGCCGAGGGUUUUGUCAUGGCUCUCUUCCUCCCAGACAUCGCUGUCGACUCUGACGGGAAUGUCCUGAAGGUACAGCCGCAGGACCUCGUUAUCCUCGCAGCUCUCGUCAAGGAUGUAGCACGUCUGCCCGAUGGUGGCCCAUUCAAUGGUGUUUGGUGUCUCUCGAGCACAUACACAUGCCAGGCGAGGGACCAUCUCAAUGUGAAGACACCGGAAGGCACGCUGAAACAAUCGGGCGUAUACGCGUGGAGUCCGCGCAACACAGCACUGGCAGCCCCUACGGCCGGCUAUGAGCACCUGCCGGCGUCGCUACACGAGCUCGUUGGGUAUGCUUGGGAGGCCUAUGCAGGGGGUUCCAGAGAGAAGAAGCCGAGCCCGCUUGUGGACGUGAUCACCAGCCUUGCACCAUGA